UGGCCGCUCGACUCACCGGGACCGACGGGGACCGACGGGAGCAGCACCGAGAAGCUAACCGCCACGGUUUUAUCUGCAGAGCACCGAGCCGAGCUUUAAAAAGAACCGGCAGCAUGGAGCAGUCCUCUAAUGCACCGGGUGUGCGGCUCGUGCCCGUGGCAGCCUGCGCACGCACACACACCACCUGAUGACCCCCUACUGCCAGGGUAGCUGGAGUCGUCCUGGGGGACAACGUCCACACUCAGCGUGAGGAGACUGUCUUCUUCCCUCCGACCGGCACAGAGAAGAAGAGUGUGAGAGAGCGAGUGAGGGAACGUGGGAAAGAGGAAGACGAUGUACCAAACGCUGCUUCUCUCCUCCUCCCUCUUCAUCCUGCAUGUGAUGGCCACUCCUCAGUUCUUCGCUCACCACGGGAGGAGGGUGUGCGGCCGAGACCUCCGUCACAGCGUUGCCGUGGCAACAGAGUCCUACGUCCAGCCGGUGCACAAGCCCUACAUCACCCUGUGUCAGGGGCAUCGCCUCUGCAGCACAUACAAGACCGUGUACUCAGUGGCGUACCGGCAGGUGAGCAGAGCAGCGCCUCCUUCGCAUUUCUACUCCGAGUGCUGCCCGGGCUGGCAAAGAUUUCACUCUCACAACUGCAACCAAGCCGUGUGUGGACAGCCCUGUGUGAACGGAGGAACCUGCUUAAGACCCGAUCGGUGUGCAUGUCCGCUGGGCUGGACGGGACACCAGUGUCAAACAGAUGUGGAUGAGUGUGGCGAGCAGCGGCCGUGCGCCCAGGAGUGCACAAACACAGCUGGCAGCUAUCGAUGUGCGUGCAGAGACGGCUUCAGGCUCGCUGGAGAUGGCCGUUCCUGUCAAAGCCUUCCUCCUCCUCCUCCUCCUCCUCCCACCCACACCAGCCAGGCAACAGUGGGUGGUCACACUGACGCGGGUGGAGGGUUCAGCCAGGUGGAGAACGUGACGGAGGAGGUCCAGAUCCUGAGGAACAGAGUAGAGCUCCUGGAGAAGGUACACAAGAAGCUGCAGUUGGUGUUGGCCCCCUUCAGCAGCUUCUUCCCACUGUCGCUGGACGAGGGCUGGUCAGAGAAAACCACCUUACUGUCCCACUCCUUCCAGCAGCUGGACCGCAUCGACUCCCUCAGCGAGCAGAUCGGCUUCCUGGAGGAGCGCAUCGGCACAUGUUCUUGCCAGGAGAAUUAGCCACCGAACAUUUCCGGACAUCUCCCGCCACAAAGUUAAUAAUGACACCAACCUGCCAGAGAUCGUACGAGCCAACAUGGCCGCCGCAGUUUGCAAGAAGCAGAAACAGCCUCAGUGACGUGAUCAUCAUCUGUGAUUCUCACUACUCCCAACAGCUUCAUUUACUUUUCUUGUUGAAUCACCGUCAAAGAUCUGGAUUUUGCAACCUGUGGCGGGGUCAGUGUCAGCAUGACAUCAUCCCUGUAACAUCUGAAUGAGGGUCAAAGGUCAAAUUGGCCACUUUUGUUUCUGUGUUUGUUUUGCAUCGGUGCAGCUGUGUCCUCUGUCUAAAGCCCAAACUGUCCCGGGGUGGACGUGGACAUCUGUAUUUAUCUAUUUAAAUUAUGAUUACAUCUAGUUAUUUCUCCAAUAGACAUUUUUACCUAGUUUUGUAACAUUUUGUAAUAAAAAGUCUUAAUCAAAAA